GACUUUUGAUUCAGUCUCUAAUCUCUACAACUUGUGCUUCACGCUUCAGCCAUUAGCUUGUAUCAUUAUCAAUAUUAAUUAAUAGCAUUUCUCUUACUGUGAAGUAAUAAUUCGGUUUUGUUCUCUGCAUCUACGGAACACCUCAAUCUGUUACACAGGACAGGAGUAGUGAAAUACAAUGGCUACGAUUGCAGGCGAUGGCGGGCACCACAACCCGGCUCUUGACCCGGAUUCGGAUACUCCGGAAAACCUGGAUCACGAGUUGGCUGAGUUCGGAGCGGGUUGCUUCUGGGGUGCGGAGCUGGCCUUUCAGCGAGUUGAGGGAGUGGUGAAGACUGAAGUUGGAUAUUCCCAGGGUCACACACCGGAUCCCAACUACAGACUGGUCUGCACCGGAUCCACCAACCACGUCGAAGUGGUCCGGGUCCACUUCGACCCGAAAGUCUGCCCCUACCCGAAUCUCCUUGCUCUCUUUUGGUCACGACAUGACCCCACUACCCUCAAUCGCCAGGGAGGAGAUGUGGGUUCACAGUAUAGAUCAGGAAUAUACUACUACAAUGAAACUCAGGCUCGUUUAGCUCAAGAAUCUAAAGAAGCUAAACAGUUGGAAUUGAAGGACAAGAUUGUGACAGAAAUACUUGCAGCAAAGAGGUUUUACAGAGCAGAGGAAUACCAUCAGCAAUAUCUGGAGAAGGGUGGAGGUCAAGGCCUCAAACAGUCUUCAGAAAAGGGCUGCACUGAUCCCAUUAGGUGCUAUGGUUGAUGACUUACUUCGCACUUCACACUAAGUCUAGCUUCUAUCUGCCAUCUAUUUAGAAUGCUAGUAUUAUCCAAAAAUAAAAUUUUAUGGUUUAUGUAUAAAAGUGAUCAGAUCAGAUACUUUCUCUGCAAUCUCAACUCUUAAUUGAAUGUUUUAGUUCCUGUUUGAACAAUUGCUGUUUAAAUAAUUGCUGUAUGUUGUCUCU